AUGUGUCCUACCCAUAACCAGAGACAGCCAAGUUCCGAUUCAUUCCAAAAAUAUGAUUGUAACUGUAUAGUAGUAGUAGUAGUAGUAGUAGUAGUAGUAGUAGUAGUAGUAGUAGUAGUAGUAGUAGUAGUAGUAGUAGUAGUAGUAGUAGUAGUAGUAGUAGUAGUAGUAGUAGUAGUAGUAGUAGUAGUAGUAGUAGUAGUAGUAGUAGUAGUAGUAGUAGUAGUAGUAGUAGUAGUAGUAGUAGUAGUAGUAGUAGUAGUAGUAGUAGUAGUAGUAGUAGUAGUAGUAGUAGUAGUAGUAGUAGUAGUAGUAGUAGUAGUAGUAGUAGUAGUAGUAGUAGUAGUAGUAGUAGUAGUAGUAGUAGUAGUAGUAGUAGUAGUAGUAGUAGUAGUAGUAGUAGUAGUAGUAGUAGUAGUAGUAGUAGUAGUAGUAGUAAAAUUUCUGUCUAAAUGA